AUGGGCUUCAUGGAUAGUCUCACAGUCUUCUCAUGCUUUCCAGGUGGAAAAGCCUGUCCUCCUGACCGAGCCCUGCAGGAGCACCGCACAUGUAACGAUCACCCGUGUGUGCAUUUCUUCUGGGAAACCUCCCCUUGGAGCUCUUGUUCUGAAGAUGUGUUGGUCACUGCACUGAAUGCAACCAUCAGUUGGAGUGGAGAAGCCACUUGUGGAGUGGGCAUGCAGACGAGAAAAGUCUUCUGCAUGAGGAGUGGUUCUGGCCAUGUUCCGCCUAAAAGAUGUCCAGAUUCCACCAGACCUGAGACCAUGCGGCCAUGUCUCCUGCCCUGCAAGAAGGACUGCAUUGUUACGCCUUUCAGUGAGUGGACUCGCUGCCCAACAGCGUGUCAGCCUGGCAAUGCCACAGCAGUUAAGCAGUCUCGGUACAGGAUUAUCAUUCAGGAUGCUGCCAAUGGGGGACAGGCAUGCCCAGACACCUUGUAUGAGGAAAGAGAAUGUGAAGAUAUUCCCGUCUGUCCAGUUUAUAGGUGGAAGACCCAUCGAUGGAGUCAUUGUGUACUGGUGCCAGAAUCAGUGAGACAGAAUGUGCUGGGACAUAACGAGGCAUGUGGACAUGGUUUGCAGUCAAGGGCUGUUACAUGCCUGGCAGAGAGCAACGAAUCCGCUGACGUCUCUGAAUGCAUGAAAUGGGCUGGACCUAUGCCACCUCUUGUGCAAGACUGUCUCAUUCCCUGUAAAGAUGACUGCACGUUUACCCCUUGGUCUAAAUUUACAGCAUGCUCAUUUGACUGUGAAUCAACAAAAACUAGGAGACGAUCACUCACAGGGAGAAGCAGAAAGCGGGACAAAUGCCAGAACACAGAAGUUUAUCCUCAGGUUGAAACAGAGCUGUGCCCCUGCGAGGUGUUUACCUCCCAACCCCAUGGAAACUGGUCAGACUGCGUCAUCGGAGGAGGGAAGUUAGAGCUGCAGGCAGGAGUGCAAUCCCAUGGAGGCACCAAGGAGUGUGGAGAGGGCGUGCGACUGCGAGCUAUUGCCUGUUACGAUAAGGCUGGCAGGCUGGUGGAACCAUCGCACUGUAGCAGCUCAGGUUACCUUGAAGAAUCUUGCAUGGUUCCUUGCCCAUUUGAUUGCAAAUUAAGUGAUUGGUCCAGCUGGAGCCCCUGCAGCUCUUCCUGUGGGACAGGGAUGAAAGUCAGAUCCAAAUGGCUGAAGGAGAAGCCCUACAAUGGAGGUCGCCCCUGCCCAAAGCUGGAUCUCAAGAAUCAGAUCCGUAGUGGAAAAGAUGUACUUAAUAUCUUCAGUGCUUCAGGAAUAGGAUCAACCAAGAAUCCUCCUGCAUCUCACAGUGGAUGA